GCGCGGUUUGGGAUCAAAGCCAACCGCCAUCAGGGGUUGGGUCCCCACCUCCCAUACCGUCUUCUCCGAGUCUGAGGCUGCGGAUCCGAAGCUACGAGCUCGAAAUCCACUCUGUGCUUAGAAGCUUUGAGUAAGAGAGAGAGAGAACGAGGGAAAGGAAUUGGGUACGUCUCUACACAGCUCGAAUUGGAAGGGGAGGAGCUAAUUCUUGGCUAGGGUUUGGAUCUUGGUUCGUGAUCUCACAGAUCCAAUCCUGUUUGUUUAUGUGAAGAAUUGUGUGUAUAGAGCUAUCGAUUGCGUGGUUAAUGAUCGAAGACAGGAUGGAAUUUAGGGACAGUGUGAUGCUUUGUACAAAGUGAGAGUUGGGUUUUCGUUUGUUGAUCGGAGGGAAGCAUGGCGCAGAGUAAUUGGGAAGCGGAUAAAAUGCUUGAUGUCUAUAUAUAUGAUUAUCUGCUGAAGAGGAAUCUGCAGAAUACUGCGAAAGCAUUCAUGACGGAGGGAAAGGUUGCCCCAGAUCCAGUAGCAAUAGAUGCGCCUGGUGGGUUUCUUUUUGAGUGGUGGUCUGUAUUUUGGGAUAUCUUCAUUGCCAGAACAAAUGAAAAGCACUCAGAAGUUGCGGCGGCAUAUAUAGAGGCUCAGCAACUUAAAGCAAGGGAGCAGCAACAACAGCUGCAGAUGCAGCAAUUUCAGUUCAUGCAGCAGCGACAAGCGCAAUUACAAAGAAAUAACUCUGGUCAUCCUUCUCUGAGUGCCCCUGUGAAUGCGCUGAACUCGGAUGGAAUCACAGGUGGAUCGGCGGCCAGUGUGCUGGCUGCAAAGAUGUAUGAAGAGCGUUUAAAGCAUUCUCCAUCUAUGGAUUCUGAGACAUCCAAUCAGCUCCUUGAUCCUAAUCGAAUGGCUCUUCUUAAGUCACCGACUGGUCAUCCAGGGCAGCUAGUCCAAGGUAAUGCUGGAGCAUUUCCACAAAUUCAAGCAAGAAGUCAACAGACAAAUGAUAUUAAAUGUGAUGGGAACUUGGCUGCGGCUCAGCGUUCUUUGCCAAUGGACCAUUCAUCAAUAUAUGGUCAGGGUAUAAUACAGUCAAAAUCUGGAUUAUCAGGUCCUGGGUUGAAUCAAGGUGUAAGUGGUCUUCCUUUGAAGGGCUGGCCUUUGACUGGAAUAGAUCAAAUGCGUCCGAGUUUAAAUCCACAAAUGCAGAAGCCUUAUCUGUCAACGCAAUCUCAAUUUCAGCUUUUGUCACCACAACAGCAACAACAAUACUUGGCCCAAGCCCAGGCUCAAGGAAGUCUUGGAAAUACUCCUAAUUAUGGAGAUAUGGAUCCACGGAGAUUAAGAAAUUUACCGAGGGGGAACUUGAAUGGAAAAGAUGGUCAACCUGCUGUGACUGAUGGCUUAGUAGGUUCCCCUAUGCAAGCAAGUUCACCGAAAGUUAGACCAGAUCAGGCUGAAUAUAUUAUGAAGAUGAAGGCAGCCCAGCCACAGGAACAACUGCAGCAGCAACAACAAUUACAGCAGAACAACAGAAAAAGAAAACAAACUACUUCAUCAGGAGCAGCAAAUAGUACUGGAACAGGAAAUACUUUGGGCCCUUCUAAUUCCCAACCAUCAACACCAUCCACGCAUACAACAGGUGAAGGUGUUACAAUGGCUGGAAACAUACAGCAUGUUAACAACUUAACAAAAGGUUUAAUGAUUUACGGCACGGAUGCUACAGCUGGGCUCGCUGCAUCUUCUAAUCAAAUGGAUGACUUGGAGCAUUUUGCGGAUGUUGGUUCUUUGGAUGAUCAUGUAGAGUCAUUUCUUUCUAAUGAUGAUGGAGAUGGUAGAGAUAUUUUUGCUGCAUUAAAACGAAGUCCUGUAGAACACAACCCAGAACCUUCAAAGGGGUUUACAUUCAAUGAUGUCGGUUGCAUACGAACGAGCAACAGCAAAGUUGUCUGUUGCCACUUUUCUACAGAUGGGAAAUUGCUUGCCAGUGCCGGACAUGAAAAGAAGGUAGUGCUAUGGAACAUGGAUACCCUGCAAACGGAGACCACUUCAGAAGAACACACACUUAUUAUCACUGAUGUUCGCUUCAGACCUGGCUUACUGCAAUUGGCGACAUCUUCUUUUGAUAGAACUGUGCGGCUGUGGAAUGCAGCAGAUCCUAGCUAUAGUUUGCACACAUUUACUGGACACAAUUAUGAAGUGACAUCUUUGGAUUUCCAUCCAAAGAAAACUGACGUUUUAUGCUCUUGUGACGGCAAUGGGGAGAUUCGAUACUGGAAUGUUAACCAAUAUUCGUGCUCUCGUUUUUCGAAGGGCGCAACAGCACAGGUGAGAUUUCAGCCUCGUAUUGGACAGUUUCUCGCUGCAGCUGCCGAAAAUGUGGUGAAUAUUUUUGAUGUCGAGACCGAUAGAAAGAUGCGAACAUUACAAGGGCAUGGUAAAGAGAUACACUGUGUUUGCUGGGAUACGAAGGGGGAUUUCCUGGCUUCUGUUAGUCAGGAUUGUGUAAAAGUGUGGUCAAUGACAUCAGGAGAUUGUAUUCAUGAGCUGGGCUCCAAUGGGAAUAAAUUUCAUUCAUGUGUUUUUCAUCCCAGCUAUCCGAACCUACUGGUUAUCGGAGGAUAUCAGUCCUUGGAAUUAUGGGAUAUGAUUGAGAAACAGACCAUGACAGUCCCGGCUCAUGAUGGCAUCAUCCCUGCAUUAGCUCAGUCACCCUUAACUGGAAUGGUUGCCUCAGCUAGCCAUGAUAAAUCUGUUAAAUUAUGGAAAUAAGAUGAAUCUCUCUCACCAGCAGAGUCAUUCAGAUAAAAGAUUUGACAUAAGCAAUAAUAAUGAUCGUGAUCAUUUUUUCUUUCCUCUUAAACUUUGGGUUGGUUGGUCUCCAGAGAAGGAAUAAAGUUUGGAAAAUAGAGAAAUGAGUUUGUUGGUGGCACUGAACAAGCAGCUUUUGGUUCUUCCUGAUAUUGUACGCUGUGCAAGGAUGAUGUCAAGUCAAUGCUUAGCUUGUAGUUAUCAGAAACAAAGGCUCAAGGCUUUUUCUUUUUUGUCCUCUGAAACCCCAACCCCUUUUUAUUUCAUAAAAUAUUUGUAUAUGUAAGAAGUUAUUAUGAGAAUUAAUUUGAACUUGAUGGGACUUUUUAGUGAGAUAAAGUAUGGAUUUAGUGCUUUGGAUAAUUUAAUAAAAUCUAGUUU